AUGGACGAAGGUCUUUUGGAAAUAAAAUUGCGCGGAAAUGGUAAAAAUGGCUUAGGCGAUAUCCUAGGUUAUAAUGGUACGGCCGAUUUCAACGUAUCCAGUCGCCGGAAUGAUCGACGUGGGAUCAUCUUCUCCAAUAUGAAUGAUAUACAGGACGCCAUCUCUUCAGUCGUUGUCAUUAAACGACUAAUAAUCCAAUACUAUAAAAAUUUGUAUGAAAAUACAGACUAA